UAGAAAUGUGCCAAUCAUCUUUAACACCAUCUGUAAAAGAGCGGUCGUGAAAAGGUGUAAUUCGUAAAAAUAAAAAUUACUGUACAAGAAUGUAUACAUUGGAAUUGCUGUGUAAACGAAGCCAAAAAUGAGCUUCAACAGCAGUAGAGGUUAGCAAUUUAAAGUUAAAAUUAGGCUUAAAAUCAGGUAACAUUAUAAAACAUUAAAGUAGGCGAAAUAUCUGAUUAUGUUUUAGGCAAUAAUGGCGACGCUAUUACAAAUGUUUAAUGUUGAAGUGUUUGCACUAUGUUGGGUUAUUCUAUGAAGAGAUUUGGUCUCAGUAUGUUUCCGGAAGUAUUCUGAGUGGGUUCGAUCCAACCCCGUAGACAGCCAUUUGCCCUCAGCCCUUGAAUAACGUGAACUCUGUUAUAUUUUAAUAAAAUACAUUGUCAAAAAUAAACGGGGUUUAUGACUUUGUGGCUGUGUAAACUAGUGACGACCCCCCCGCCCACUCCAAGUCUACUGUCAGUGAGUUGAGUUUGCGCAAUAUUAUCAGCUCCGCCAUUGAUGGAGUCGCUGGACCAAAUUGUACACAGCUUGUCACGUUUGGUUCUUAGUAAGUACUCAUCGUCUAGAUAGUAUAUUUUCACCUCUUACUUUAGCGUCGUGUUACCAUAGGCUGUGUUAUUUGCAUAUACGUCACUGGAUUUGCGUAUAUUGUACGCAUAAGCUAUUAUUCCUCCAACACCGUUAGCUAGCUUAGUGUGGCUAGUAGUACUAGCUUUAUCAUGACAGUGCCAGUCACGCACACAUAGCCAGCAGCGAGCGUGCCGUGCACGCGUGCGUCGGCCGUGCGCUCCACUCCAUGGAUCCAAGAAUUGCCUGGUUCCAGCCUGAACAGCUCGGCCCUGCCAACAGCGCUUGGAUUCAUAUUUGGGAAACGACACAAGGUCUGGGCAAUAUAAGUUUGAAUCAUCAUAACAACGUAUCUGCUGUCUCGAACACACCCACCAAGAUCAGUCAUAGUACUAGUGUAUCGGUGAGCGGAGGCACUGGAAACGUGAACGGAAACGUGAUUCAGAACGGAGUCCCCAACGUUAGCACGAGCAGCGGUGACACGAUAAUGCAAGGAACUAUCAAUCCUAAAGGCGAUUAUGAAAUAGAACAGCAAUCCGAGUUAUUGGAAACAAAUAUCAACCACCAUCCUGCGGCGAGGGGCAGUAACAUUAGUGGUCCUGGAUUUGUGAGUGGUAUUACGUUCACUGGCGGGAGAGAAAGAGACAGAGAAUGCGAACUUGGGAACAGACGGAGGAGAGACAACCGAGCCAGCACUUUUGGUUUUAACCGCAGUUUAUUGAAUAUUAGCAGCAACUCUGCAUCGGAGGACGCUGGAUGCCGUGCGGUUGGUUACACGGGCACGCCUUGGAAAACCAGGAACUACUCUGCAGGGAUUUUGGGACUCCACGAGGAGAUCCAGGACUUCUACGCCUAUAUGUCUCCACGGCCGGAGGAGGAGCGGAUGAGGAGAGAGGUGGUGGAGAGGAUCGAGAGGGUGAUCAAGGACCUUUGGCCCACCGUGGAUGUCCAGGUAUUUGGAAGCUUCAGCACAGGCCUCUAUCUACCCACCAGUGACAUUGACCUGGUGGUGUUUGGGAAGUUCAGGGAAGGAGACACCCGUCCUCUGUGGAGGUUAGAGGAGGCUCUGAGGAAACACAAGGUGGUGGAGGAGAAUUCUGUCAAGGUGCUGGACAAGGCCACGGUACCAAUCAUCAAACUGACAGACUCUCUCACAGAGGUCAAAGUCGACAUAAGUUUCAACAUGAAGAAUGCUGUCAAGGCUGCUGCCCUCAUCAAAGAUUAUAAAAAGAAAUACCCAGUGCUUUCGUACCUGGUGCUUGUCCUGAAACAGUUCUUAUUACAAAGAGACAUGAAUGAAGUGUUUACAGGAGGUAUCAGCUCCUACUGUCUCUUCCUCAUUGCUGUCAGCUUCUUACAGCUCCAUAGCAGGGAGGACCCCUGCAGCCCCAACGCCAAUGCUGGUGUCCUGCUCAUAGAGUUCUUCGAGCUGUACGGCCGCCAUUUUAACUACCUGAAGACUGGAAUCCGGAUCAAGGAUGGUGGCUGCUACCUCUCCAAAGACGAGGUCCAGAAGAGCAUGCUGGAUGGAUACACCCCCUCCCUGCUCUACAUCGAGGACCCGUUGCAGCCUGGUAACGACGUGGGCCGUAGCUCAUACGGGGCUAUGCAGGUGAAGCAGGUGUUUGACUACGCCUACAUGGUGCUGAGCCACGCCGUGUCGCCCAUCGCCAAGUACUACCCCAAUAACCACAGCGAGAGUAUACUGGGUAGAAUAAUCCGGGUGACCCAGGAAGUGGCUGAUUACAGAGACUGGAUCAGUACAAAGUGGGCUGACCUGUCUCUGAAAUCCCUUGCCAUAAAUGGAAACGAUGUCACAGGAAAUGAUGUUACGUUGCUGGUUGAGCCUCAGCAGACUGACGAAUGCAACAAUAAUCUUUCUGAGGAAGGGGCAGAGUCCCCCAGAUCCUCAUCUCCUCCCCCUUCUUCCCCAUCCUCCUCUUUGUCUUCCUCCUCACCACAGUCUUCGUCGGCUAGCUCCAGCGAUGCUGACUCUGAUGGAAGCCCCCGUAAAAUGAAGAUUGUGACACAGAGGCGUGGCUUAUCAGCACACAGGGCUGCCCUCUUGGAUUGACCAAUCACAGGGCUACAAGUUCCUCCUCUGGCAGCCAUUCUAGCCACCCAAACAAGGGCAUGGUGGACAGAGCGAGUUCAACAUCUCGUCAGAAUAGCCAUGCUGACACACAGACGAGCUUUGGAACAGGACAGUCGUCAGGCAGCAACAGCAGGAGCCACCGUGGCAACAAGCAGAGGAGAAAAACCCAGCAUCAACGCAAAUCUCCACCUGCAGUUGAGAACCUCUGUAGAUAAGAGGCCUCGUGUAACAGAUUUCACAUAACUCUCAGUCUGUGCUGCCAAAACCAAGGCAAGGGAGGCAAUCUUACCAUGUCUUUGGCGGUGAUAUCUUCAUGCCAAGUUGGAAGAAUGUUCCUCCUUUUUUUGUCGGUUGAAAGGGCAGAUGGACGCUAUCCUCGUCUUUCUGUAAUGUUAACACACCUGUACAAGAAGGACGUCAAGCCUCAUCAGUUAUUCCUGAACUUAAGCAGUGGCUGUAUCUCCUCGUGCAUUUGAGUAACAGAACUGGGAAAACCUUUUUGGGGGUUGGGUCUUUGGUUAAUUCAGCCUUACAGAAGAAAUGACAAGGAAAAAAAGGAUUGGUGUAAAACUAUAGAACUUAAUGCUAUGUUUGGGGAAAUGCUUGCACUGACAAAAGGAGCCGUUGAAAAUGUUUUUCAGCAACUUAUCUCCUUAGUUUGCAAAGAAAAAAAGUAGACCACAAAAUAUUUGUGUGAUUUAAAAGUAAAAAUGGCAGAAGGAGAAGAAAAAAAAAAAACAUUACAAUGAAUAGGGAUUGUAUAUUUGUCACCAGCUGAAGUAAAAAAAAAAA